AGUGUAGUGGAGGACACUGAACUUAGCAGCACCGCAUCAACAGCGAAGAAGCACUCCACUGGCACUGCCACAGAUAUGCAGAAGGAGACGCUGAGACUCCUGAGGCGAAUUGAGUUGGUGCAAGAUACUAUGGUAUCAAAACUUGAGCUGAUGCAAGAGGCCGUGUCGUCCCAACUUGACAUAUUGCUGGCACGGCUGUCAAAGCAGCCGGAUAUCAUCGAAGAUGAUGUUGAACCAGUUCCCUUUACCUUAUUGAAGGAUUUUCAGGACUUUGACAAGUCACUUGGACAGUCAGCUUCAAAGCGGAAGGCACUCAAAAACAAGUGGAAAAGUUGGGAAGGCAAGAAGGGAAAGUCGAAGUUUAAAGAUCUGUGGUGCUGGGCAGUUAUGCGUGAAGCUUUCAGUGAGAAUAAGAAUUUUGGAGGCGCUUCUGACUACGAGGGAGAACAAGCCAUCAAGUCGUGGCUCCGCCACGCGAGCGAACGUCUCUACAAAAAGAACCGUAUGGGCGAAGCAGAUUCCGGAGGUGAUCCAGAUUCCCCGAAUUCCGGAGGCCACUAGUUAGACACUCAUCUUUUGGGCGAACUUUUCAAAUUUUUCGUGUCUUUUUCGUAUCCCAGGAUGACACGGGGGAGUUUUC